UCGAGAUAAAGAAAGGUUUACGAGUUGAAAACAAAAUGGGAAGUGAAUCAAGAGAAUCAUUUCUUCCCCUUGAUCCAGUGAGUUUUACAAACGAGUCCAAAGCAGUGGUUGAUUUCAUUGCCGAUUACUAUGAGAAUAUUGAGAAAUACCCGGUUCAAAGCACUGUUGAGCCCGGUUAUUUGUCCGCCAGAUUACCAGAGUCAGCACCUUAUUGCCCUGAAUCACUGGAAGAUAUACUCAAAGAUGUCAACGAUUGCAUCGUUCCGGGUCUCACUCAUUGGCAGAGUCCGAACUUCUUCGCCUACUUCCAAGCAAAUGCCAGCACUGCUGGAUUUCUCGGGGAAAUGCUUUGCUCGGGUUUUAAUGUCGUUGGUUUCAACUGGAUUUCAUCGCCGGCAGCGACUGAGCUCGAGUCCAUCGUGGUGGAUUGGAUGGGGAAAUUGCUUAAGCUACCAUCUUCGUUUUUGUUCGCCGGAACCGGUGGCGGAGUCUUGCACGGAAGUACAUGCGAGGCUGCUGUUUGCGUUUUGGCGGCCGCAAGAGACAAAGCUUUGAAAGAGCUUGGUGGGUGGGAACAUAUAACAAAGUUAGCUGUUUACGCGUCGGAUCAAACGCAUUUCACUUUCCAAAAGGCUGCGAAAUUAGUUGGCAUCCCCCCGUCAAAUUUUCGGUUAAUAAAAACAACAUUUUCGACAGGGUUUGCAAUGUCACCUGAAACGGUUCGUUCCGCCGUUGAAGACGAUAUCAAAUCAGGGUUGGUGCCAUUAUUUCUAUGUGCAACCAUCGGGACAACACCCACCGGAGCCGUUGAUCCUAUCGCGGAGUUAGGCAAAGUAGCCAUGGAAUUCAAGGCUUGGCUUCACAUCGAUGCAGCAUACGCAGGAAGCGCGUGCAUUUGCCCCGAGCUCCGCCAUCAUCUCGAUGGAGUGGAGCUUUCUAACUCCAUCAGCAUGAACCCACAUAAAUGGUUUCUCACCAACAUGGAUUGCUGUUGUUUAUGGAUCAAGGAACCACACUUGCUAACCGAUUCAUUGUCAAGUGACCCUGAAUAUCUUAAAAACAAUGCAAGUAAAACCAAAUCAGUGGUGGACUACAAAGAUUGGCAGAUCGCAUUGAGCAGACGGUUCAGGGCUUUGAAGCUUUGGAUUGUGAUCCGCAGACAUGGUUUGGCCAACCUGAUGUACCACAUUCGAAGCGAUAUCGCCAUGGCUAAACACUUCGAAGCAUUAGUGAGGAAAGAUGGGAGGUUCGAGAUCGUAAUGCCGAGGAAGUUCUCGUUGGUUUGUUUCAGGUUGAAGCCAACGGCGGCGGCGGAGGCUGAGGAUGACGGCAGAGAAUUGAACUCGAAAUUGGUGGAGGCCAUAAAUUCAAGUGGGAGAGCUUUCAUGAGCCAUGCAGUGGCGGGUGGUGUUUACGUCAUCCGAUGCGCAAUCGGGUCAACUCUGACUCAACAGCACCACGUGGAUGCCUUGUGGAAACUCGUUCAAGAAAAAGCUCAAUCGUUAUUAACUAAUCAUUCGAUAAAAUGA